AAAUAAAAUUUAAUUAACAAUAACAUGGUUACAUGGGGAAGUAAUUUAUGUUCACUACAGAAUCGAUCUGCUAUGUAAUAGUUUACAGGAAUUCCCUUUUCUUUAUUUGAUUUGUUACUAAAGUCAGUACCAGAAGGAAGAAAUUAUAUCCAAAACUAAAUUAAAAAAACAAUAGGUCAAGUUGGUUGCAUCAACUCUUGGUGAAACCAAAGCACCUGAGAAAAUUCUCUACCACAAGGUUGGUUUGAAAAUGUAGAAAGAAACACCAACAAACGGUACAAGAAAAAAUCUUUAUCAGAUCUCUCUGUCUCCGCACAUUGAGCAUAAGACUACAGCAUCAUCCCCUAUACCUUUGUUCUUCAUUUCCUUCAAUGGAGCGUAUUAGACUCUUACCGCUCUUGAUCACUAUUGUGUUCAAAACUCUAACUCUGAGCGGUGGUGAACUUCUUGUUUAUGACUACUACAAUGACAAGUGUCCCAUGGCUGAAGACAUCGUGAGACAUAACGUGGAGGUAGCAGUUUUCAAAGAUCCUCGUUUGGCAGCCUCGCUACUUCGCUUACACUUCCAUGAUUGUUUUGUCAUGGGGUGUGAUGCAUCGGUACUUUUGGAUAGCGUUGAAGGCAUGACAAGUGAAAAGCAAGCAGGACCAAAUCUGAACUCUCUACGUGGAUUCGAGGUCAUAGACAAAAUCAAGUAUUUGCUGGAAGAAGAAUGUCCUUUCACUGUUUCAUGUGCUGACAUACUUGCCAUGGUUGCUCGUGAUGCUGUUGAACUGAGAGGAGGACCAAGAUGGGAUGUUUUGAUGGGGAGGAAGGACUCUUUGGAGUCAAGUUUCAGCGGAGCCAACUUAUUCAUCCCAGCUCCAAAUUCCUCUUUAGAGGUUCUCAUUGAUAAUUUUAAGCAACAAGGCCUCGACAUAGAAGACUUGGUAGCUCUAUCAGGUAGCCAUUCCAUAGGAAGGGCAAGGUGUCUAAGCUUCAAGCAGAGGAUUUAUGAAGCAAAACAGGAAUAUUACUAUGGCUAUGAUCGCUACAAGCGGUACACAAGCUUCAGAAGAAUCCUACAGUCCAUAUGCCCUGUUACUGGAAGGGACAACAAAUUUGCACCAUUGGAUUUUCGAACCCCAAAAAGGUUUGAUAACCACUACUUCAUAAACAUACUCGAAGGAAAGGGCUUGUUGGGUUCUGAUAAUGUUUUGAUCAGCCAGGACUUCGAUGGAAAGAUCACAGAGCAGGUGUGGGGUUAUGCCUCCAACGAAAAACUUUUUUUUGCUUCAUUUGCUAAAUCUAUGAUUAAGAUGGGAAACAUCAAUGUUCUUACAGGAAAUGAAGGAGAAGUUAGGAGGAAUUGUAGGUUUAUUAACGCUUAGUUGUUAGUUGCUAUGUGUAUUGUAGAUGGUUUAUUACCUGCUAUGAAGAGUAUUAUAAUUAUCUAUAAUACGUAUUUCUGCAAUAAAAAAUGGCCUUAAUCAUCUGACAAAUUAAGGCAUAGUAGUACAGUACUUGCUUAUACUUGUAAAAUACUCAAAUAUUUAACACAUUAGAAGCUCUAAAUUGCUUCAAUAUAUUACAGCACAAAACCCAUAUGGGGCUUAAAAAUUAUGCUGCAAAACCGAAUAAUCGCACUUCAUCAACUCCAUAAUACAAUACUUAAUUAUAAGGAAAACAGAAAAACAUAACUCUAGUUGAUAGAAAUCAUCAAAACACAAAUAAGGUUAAUGCAGAGAAAUAUGACCCCCAAGAAAAAAGAAAAAUCACUAGCAAAAGGAAACAAUGAAAUAAGGACAAGGGCAUCAGGUUUCCAACGUGAUAUAGCAUCAAUGAAAUGAAUUCAGACGCAAAUUACCCAUUUGUUACUAUAAGAUUCAUCACAUGCCCAUUACGUGAUCGAUUUCGAAUGAGAAAAAAAAAACUCGGAAAAAUUUGCUUGACUUUUAAAAUCCCAACACCUUAAAUCUAAAACAAAAACAAAGGCGACUGAAAGAUGAAAAGAAAAUUAUUUCCCAAAAACAAAAUAAGACUGACAAGAGGAUUUGUAAAGAACAGACUUAGCUCUCUUAAUUUUUCUACGAAUCAUCCCUCAAACACAACCCUACCAUAUGAACAAGAACCUGCGAUGCGAUUUUGCGAAGGAGGAGGAUGAAGCUCGUGACAAUUUAUAGAAAAAUAGAGAUUAGGGUUGCAUGGAGGUUCACUUCACAAAAAUAGAGGAACGGGUCGGACUUAGAAUU